GGCCGCGGCGAGCGGAGCUCCGGGCCCGCCAUGGCCGCAGGGGCGGUGGGGGCUGUCCCGGCUGAGCAGCCGCCGCUGCCGGGCCGCCUGCCCGGAGGAGCCGGCACGGAGCGCGCCCUGGAAGAAGCAGAGGCCUCCGGCACCCUCAGUCUGGCCGGCCGGCGGCUGCGCGCCUUCCCGGCGGCGGCAGCGCGGCGCUGGGACCUCAGCGACACCACCCAGGCCGACCUGUCCCGGAACCGUUUCGGGGAGGUGCCGGAGGCCGCCUGCCGCCUGGUCUCUCUGGAAGGGCUGAGCCUGCACCACAACUGCCUGCGCAGCGUCCCCCCGGCCAUCGCCAACCUGCAGGCCCUGGCUCACCUGGACCUCAGCCGCAACCAGCUGAGCUCGCUGCCCGCCUGCCUGUGCCUGCUGCCCCUGCGCGUCCUCAACGCCAGCAACAACCGCCUGUCCCGGCUUCCUCCGAACCUGGGCGCCCUCCGCACCCUGCGGCAGCUGGACGUGGGCUGUAACCGGCUGCGGGCGCUGCCGCCGGGGCUGGGGCAGCUGCGGGCGCUGCGGGACCUCAACGUGCGGCGGAACCAGCUGGCGGCGCUGCCCGAGGAGCUCUCGGAGCUGCCCCUGGUCCACUUGGAUUUCUCCUGCAACCGGGUGGUGGCGAUUCCGCGCUGCUUCCGCCGGCUCCGGCACCUCCAGACGCUUCUGGCGGACAACAACCCGCUCCAGUUCCCCCCUGCCCAGAUCUGCCUGAAGGGCAAAGUCCACAUCUUCAAGUACCUGGAAGCCGAGGCUGCCGCCCAUCCUGUGCCCGCAUGCCCCCCGGACGAGCCGUGUCCCCUCCGGCAGCGAGGGGGGCUGGACUCCGGCUUCCACAGCGUGGACAGCGGCAGCAAGCGCUGGUCGGGGAACGAGUGCUCGGAUGAGUCCUCGGAGCCGUCCCGGCAGCACAGGGAGAUGCACGGCGGGGCAGCUGGUGACAGUGACCCGGAGCAGCUGGAGGAGGAGCCCUCGCCCGAGGAGCAGCAGAGGGGUGACACCCCCGAGGGCAGCAGGGGGGUCCCCAAUUGCCGGCGGCGCCCCAAGAACCUGGAGGUGUGGAUGGAGAGAGAGAGGGAGAGGAGCUGGGACAGGACCCCCCCCCGGAGACCCCCCCAGGACCCCAACGGAGCCCCCAGCCCCCCAAAACCCAGUGCCUGCCUCAGCCCUUCCUCCUCCUCUUCCUCCUCCCACAGUGCCACCAGGCCAGGCCCCCCGGACCCUGACCAGCUGAUGGCUGAGCUGCGCCAGAGCCUCGAGGCGCUGCUGCAGCUGCGGCUGCCGGAGGAGCUGGGGGGAGACCUGGAGCUGCUGGGGCGUGUGGCGGCACGGCUGCGGCCCUGGGCGAGCCCCCCCAGCCCCUGCCGGACGCCGCCGCCCUCCGAGGUGAAGCCCCCCCCCCCGGCGCCCCCCCCCCGGGCUGCUCUUCGCCCUCUUCUACGGCCUCCUCAUGGCGCUGUGCGGGAGGAGCCGAGCCGGGCCCGGGCCCCGCGGGGGGAGCUGGGGGCGUCUGUCCCCCCCCAGUGCCCCCGUUAA